CUGAGGCCUUGCCUCUUGGCUUCUCCUUGAAAGAAAAACCUUUAAUUUUUCUAGGGAAGGAAAAGAAGGGAAGGGGGGAGGGAACGGGGAGAGAAUUACAUGAGAAAGGAAAACAUUAUCUGACUAGGAAGAGAACAGAAGGGAGAGUAUCGCUGCAAGAAGCAUUUACUGGCCAUGCCAGUGCUCGCUGCUAAUGCUGAGUCAGAAACAGGUAUCCCAAAAUCCCUUUCUAAUGAGCUUCUAUCAGAAACCAUGGAGGAGAUAGAACACACAUGCCCUCUGCCUCGGUUGACUUUGUCUGCACCUGCUCCAUUUGCAGGUGAAACAAGCUGUCAGUGCAAAGCUCCUCAUGAAAAGCUAACCAUUGCUCAGGCCCGCCUGGGAACACCAGUUGACAGACCUGUCAGAGUCUAUGCAGAUGGAAUAUUUGAUCUCUUCCAUGCUGGUCAUGCCAGAGCUCUUAUGCAAGCUAAAACUCUCUUCCCAAACAGCUACUUGUUAGUAGGAGUUUGCAGUGAUGAUCUAACACAUAAGUUUAAAGGAUUCACUGUAAUGAAUGAAGCCGAGAGGUAUGAGGCCCUCAGACACUGCCGUUAUGUGGAUGAAGUCAUUAGAGAUGCUCCAUGGACACUUACACCUGAGUUUCUGGAAAAGCAUAAGAUUGAUUUUGUAGCCCAUGAUGAUAUCCCAUAUUCUUCUGCUGGUUCGGAUGAUGUGUACAAGCACAUAAAGGAAGCAGGAAUGUUUGUACCAACUCAGAGAACAGAAGGCAUCUCAACUUCAGACAUUAUCACCAGAAUUGUACGUGAUUAUGACGUAUAUGCCCGUCGUAACCUUCAGAGAGGAUACACUGCUAAAGAGCUGAAUGUUAGUUUCAUAAAUGAAAAGAAAUAUCGUUUUCAGAAUCAGGUCGACAAAAUGAAGGAAAAAGUCAAAAAUGUUGAAGAAAAAUCUAAAGAAUUUGUCAAUCGAGUAGAAGAAAAAAGUCAUGAUCUCAUUCAGAAAUGGGAAGAGAAGUCCAGAGAAUUUAUUGGCAACUUCUUAGAGCUGUUUGGACCAGAUGGAGCUUGGAAGCAGAUGUUUCAAGAGAGGAGUAAUCGCAUGCUGCAAGCCUUGUCUCCAAGGCAAAGUCCCACAAGCAGUCCAACACGAGGACGAUCCCCAUCACGAUCUCCAUCUCCCCCUUCUCCCUGGCAUUUCAGGAAAGCAUCACCCCCUUCAUCCCCAAAAGCUGCCUCAGCAUCUAUUAGCAGCAUGAGCGAGGGAGAUGAGGAUGAAAAGUAAAAAAAAAAAAAUUACAAAGUGAAAUAAAAUACACAAAUGAUUCUCUCAUCUAUAAGUGAAGUGGGAAAAAUAAGAAAAACUAUGCAUGAGAUAUUUCUGGGACAGGAAGGGGGAACCAUAUGGACACUGGAGAUGUCAACCACACACAGGUACUUACAGAAAGGGGGGUGGGGGGUUGCUGGACCAGCAGUGAAAGAUGAAAAGAAUAUGCAAAAUCUCUGAGCUGCAUACCAACCAUUCACAGCAAUAUAUUGUGUUGUAGUGGUUGCUGCUGCUAAAUCAAGAUUUGUGGGGAAUCUUGCAUAAAAGGGGAACUGUACACCAUUUGAGAGUAAGCAGACUGGUAUAUGGAAUUACAUGGCAGACCCUUUAUCUAAACAAGAUGUAUCUGUAUUUGAACCCCACUACGUAACUUUUAAAAGCAGGACCUUCUCAGAAUGAAUAAGAAAGAAGCAGCAAAAGCUUCCGAAGUGAAAACAAAGGAGAAUAAGGACACCAAAAAUCAAACCACUCCAGUGGAACUGAACUCCCUAUCUUCCACACGGGACAUUCUUUGAAUCUGAUUGAGUUUGUGAAUGUUGCUUGUUGAGCAGGCUUUUGUAUCAGGCAAGGUUGCUUUAAUGUGAAUGCAAUUUGUUUGGUCAACUCUUUCAGUGUUUUACUAGUGCCUCAGAAGUGAACUUUUUUGGCCAGAAAUUUCUUUGAUUUCACUCAGAAAGCUGUUUGGCCAGCAAGCUGUUUCUUAAAGCAGUGGUUUGAUCCUCUAUUUUUGAUUCAGCUACACAGUGUUCAACAUUUACGCUGUUCCUUAAGUAAUCUUUUAUAUCCAUAGGUUGGCUUUUCAAAUUCUUUCCACAGAUACACACUUAUUUUAAAAAAGAAUGUGAAAAUGGAAAACCUCACCCCUUGUUCAGACCAUCCGUGAGCCAACCAGGCAAAAUUUAUGGAAUCAGUCUCAUGAAUGCAGGCUAUUGCAUUAGAACUUGAACUUCAUUAGGCUUCUUUCUGAAUGGGAACAUCUUUUAAGAAUAAUUUUUUUCAGUAAGCUGUACACCCAGUACAUUUUUUCCAACUUGUAUAGUAUAAAUCUGGUAGAUUGUUUUUAAAAUGUUUUUCAUAAUAUAAAAGCAUGUCCAUACUAUGUACUAUAUUCUAACACUUAUGCAGUGCAUAAGUGCAUUGAAGAACCUGUAUAUUUACUGUAUAGACCCAGCUUGGGUUUCUUUUUGCAAUUUUAGCAACUUGGGUCACCGAGGUAUCCACACCUUGUCUUGAAAUGCCAAAGCCAAAGCAUCAGAAACCCACCUUGUAAAGUGAUGUAAAUGCAUGAACAUCAAAGGAAAUUGGAGGCUUUUCGCAGCAUGUCUAAUAAGGCAUCAGAUUUCAGGAUGUCUAUUUUGUAUGUAUUCAAGCCACCAUCUCUUUAAGCCAAAACACCUGAAAUAGGAGUUCCCUCAUAACCGUUCUUCAUCAUUCCACAAGGAGUGGUUGUUAUUGACUCAUGUCUGAAGCACUUCCCACCAGCCUUCCAAAUUUCUUGCUUUCUGAAAUGAAUAGUUUGCAACCUAAAGCAAGCCUGUAUAAUAUGAUCUAUGAAGCAAACGAUGAUCAACAGCUUUUGCUGGUGGCCCAGGACGGGUUCCAGAAAUGUCCUGUUUUUGCUGUCUAUCCUAGAUGCAUCUUCAUGAGAGUUAUUAGACACCUAACAGAUGACAGCAUGUGGUGGACUGUGUUAGCCUGCCCCAGGGAUUAAUGAACUAGCCAUGAAAUGCUAAACACAGCAAAUAAAGAAAAAAGGAGCUGCAAGGGGUGAGGGGACUUAGAUUCAAGUGCUAUCUGUUAGGUAUCAAAGUCAUGGAUAAUUUAAAGCAGGCUUGGUAAAUACCCUAAAAAUUCAGUAAAAUUCAGAUUUGGAUUUAUUUGGGCAUAAAAUUAUCUGUAUGCCCGAAUAAGACGAAUAACAUAUUCAGAUAUAACCGAAUAUUCGGAU